UGUUUCUUUUCACUUUUGACACAUGACUGGUAUGACUUUAAUCUUUGUUACAAAUUCUAUAAUCGUAUUGGCUAUAUUCCCUUUGCUUUCAUAAACCUAAUUCUUAAAAAAAAAACAAAUUUCAAAAUAUUUCAAAAGUUUUGUCGUUAUCUUAAAGUACGAAUUUCCAAAUAAUAAUACACAAUGGAAUCAGAAGAUUGGUGUGCCGUGCUAAUUGAUAAUAUCGACAAUUUCUUCAAGACACUUGAUGAUAAAAUUGAAAAAGAACAGCAACAAUUAAAGGCUAGCCGAAUGAAAACUGAACUAGAGACGAAAUUAGCCCAAGAAACGAAAGUACACAAUGAAUUGAGUGAACGUCUGGCAGAGCUGUCCCGGCGUUCAGGAGAGCUUGAUAAUGUUUGUGCCAGCCUUCAAUCUUGUCUCACCAUAGCUGAUAGCGAUAAGAACAGACUGGAAAAUGCCAAAGAAACAUAUCAACUAGUGAAAGAGUUGACAGGUGUCAGACUGGAUUUUAGUGCACCCCCAAAUAUUUCCAAAGGAUAUAUAAAAAAUGAGUCUCGUAAGGUUUUGCAACCUUUCGAAGUGGACUCUGCCGACAGCAAUGCCCUGUGGAACCUCAUACAAAGCGUCUCCGGAGACUGGAGUGACAAGGAGAACAAACCGAGGAACUGAAUAAAGCUUAUAUUAAAAA